AGCAGUUCUGCGCCCGCUGGGAACAGCAGCAGCAGCCCGCUCUCCCGGACUUCAUAAUUAGCCAGGUUUAAUUGGUGUCGCCUUAUCUGCCAGGAUAAUGGGAAGGAAAUCUUCUUGUGAAUUUGUUCUUGCAGGUUCUGUAUACAAGAUUUAGAUAGCUAGGACCAUAACGCCACAUUUUAGGGUGCCUCAUUCACCUAGAGGGAGUGACUAGUCACAGUUAGUUUUAGUGGAUUUUAUCCAUUAAUCACGCUCUCGAGCAGCUUUUUUAAAAAGUCACGUCUUAGUAUUUGCAGCUACAGACUGUUAAGGUUCACCAGCUGAGAUUGAUUUUUAUUGGGACUUUGUACACUGACCUCCUCUGUCCCUUGUCCUUACUACCUAUUAGGUUGGUUUGGAAAUUAAAACAACAAAUAUUUUGACUGGAGUUUUGAUCAAGCAAAUGCUAAAAAGCCACAUUAAGAAGAUCCCUAACAGUCAUUUCUCAGCAAUAAUAUAGUCAACUGAUGUAACAAUGGUCCUAAUAUUGGGACGAAGACUAAACAGAGAGGAUCUUGGGGUGCGUGAUUCACCAGCAACUAAGCGUAAAGUUUUUGAAAUGGACCCUAAAUCCCUGACAGGCCGUGAGUUUUUUGACUUCUCUUCUGGAUCAUCCCAUGCUGAAAACAUACUCCAGAUAUUUAAUGAAUUCCGAGAUAGCCGCUUGUUCACAGAUGUUAUCAUUUGUGUGGAAGGAAAAGAAUUUCCUUGCCAUAGAGCUGUUCUCUCAGCCUGUAGUAGUUACUUCAGAGCUAUGUUUUGUAAUGACCACAGAGAAAGCCGAGAAAUGUUGGUUGAAAUCAAUGGUAUUUUAGCUGAAGCUAUGGAAUGUUUUUUGCAGUAUGUUUAUACUGGAAAGGUGAAGAUCACUACAGAGAACGUACAAUAUCUCUUUGAAACAUCAAGCCUCUUUCAGAUCAGUGUUCUCCGUGAUGCAUGUGCCAAGUUCUUAGAGGAGCAGCUUGAUCCUUGUAAUUGCCUAGGAAUCCAGCGCUUUGCUGAUACCCAUUCACUCAAAACACUCUUCACAAAAUGCAAGACCUUUGCAUUGCAGACUUUUGAGGAUGUGUCUCAGCAUGAAGAAUUUCUUGAGCUUGACAAAGAUGAACUUAUUGAUUAUAUUUGUAGCGACGAACUUGUUAUUGGUAAAGAGGAGAUGGUUUUUGAAGCUGUCAUGCGUUGGGUCUAUCGUGCUGUUGAUCUGAGAAGACCACUAUUGCAUGAGCUUCUGACACAUGUGAGACUCCCUCUGUUGCAUCCCAACUACUUCGUUCAAACAGUUGAGGUGGACCAAUUGAUCCAGAAUUCUCCUGAGUGUUAUCAGUUGUUGCAUGAAGCAAGACGGUACCACAUACUUGGGAAUGAGAUGAUGUCCCCAAGGACUAGGCCACGAAGGUCAACUGGCUAUUCUGAGGUGAUAGUUGUUGUUGGAGGCUGUGAACGAGUUGGAGGAUUUAAUCUUCCAUACACUGAGUGCUACGAUCCUGUGACAGGAGAAUGGAAGUCUUUGGCUAAGCUUCCAGAAUUUACCAAAUCAGAGUAUGCGGUCUGUGCUCUAAGGAAUGACAUUCUUGUUUCAGGUGGAAGAAUAAAUGGCCGUGAUGUCUGGAUUUAUAAUUCACAGUUAAAUAUUUGGAUCAGAGUUGCUUCUCUAAAUAAAGGCAGAUGGCGUCACAAAAUGGCUGUCCUCCUUGGUAAAGUAUAUGUUGUUGGAGGCUAUGAUGGGCAAAACAGACUUAGCAGCGUAGAAUGUUAUGAUUCCUUUUCAAAUCGAUGGACUGAAGUUGCUCCCCUUAAGGAAGCAGUGAGUUCUCCUGCUGUGACUAGCUGUGUAGGCAAAUUGUUUGUGAUUGGUGGAGGACCUGAUGAUAAUACUUGUUCUGAUAAGGUUCAGUCCUAUGAUCCAGAAACCAAUUCUUGGCUACUUCGUGCAGCUAUCCCAAUUGCCAAGAGGUGUAUAACAGCUGUAUCCUUAAACAACCUGAUAUAUGUUGCUGGUGGACUGACCAAGGCAAUAUACUGUUAUGAUCCAGUUGAAGAUUACUGGAUGCAUGUACAGAAUACAUUCAGCCGGCAGGAAAACUGUGGAAUGUCUGUGUGUAAUGGUAAAAUAUAUAUCCUGGGUGGAAGACGGGAAAACGGAGAAGCCACAGACACUAUUCUCUGUUAUGAUCCUGCGACAAGUAUCAUCACAGGGGUAGCCGCAAUGCCCAGGCCAGUGUCCUAUCAUGGCUGUGUGACUAUUCAUAGAUACAAUGAGAAAUGCUUUAAGCUCUAAAGCCAGGAUACUUCACCCAAGAAGCCACAUCGAUCCAAGAUGAGAGAUUUUAAAAACUCAGAGUGGGAACUUGGCAUAUCUCAUUUGUGCUAUAUACACAAAAAGUAAAAAUAAUAAUUCUGGUGCCUUUCCCCCCCAAAAUAUCAAUCUUUCAAACUGUAAUAAAGCCUUACCUGUAAAUGAAAAAAAAAAAAAAAAAAAAGAUUUUUGUUGUUGUUGGUAAUAGUAGUGUUGCUCAGGCUUUGAGAAUGUCUCUUUGUAAGUAUUUGUAAGAAAUAUAUGUGGAAUAGGAAAUAGGAAAUAUAUGUGUCUGCAUAUAUUUUAGGAAUUUGUGAAUGGUCUCUUCAUUUAUAUAUGUUCAUCUGCAAGGCUAUAUAUUCCUUACUUAGUCGUGUGUAUAUAAAAAUUGCAUGACUUAAGGCUUCAUUUAGGUUGACUCACGUAAUGCUCAGAAUGCAUUCUAAGAGGGGAAAAAAUCAAUUUUAAAAGUCUUUGUCACUAAAACUGUAUCCAAACUGAUUAAUUUUGAGGGUUUUUUUUAUGUAAUUGAUAAAAAUGUGAUGACAACAAUCUGAGAGUCAUAAAAUAUUAAAUGAUCAUGACUUUAUUCUUAUAAUUGCUGUCUUAUAUUAAACAUAUUUCUGAGAAGAGGUUGAGUAGGAGAUACAAAAGUAGAUACUCCUAAAAUUGGAAUUAAAAUAACAGAUUAAUUCCUAAGAAAAAAUUAUUUAAGACCCAUUGAAGGGAAAAUGACUCAUUGUGGCUCUCAAAGUAUUAAUGUAUCGUCUCUGAAUCCUCUAAGGAAGUUCCUUUUCUUGAACCUGGCAAAGGAGUUGAAAUCCAUUUCACAAUAUUACCUUGUGAAAAACAGGGACAGAUUUUUCUCCCUAGCCCAGUAGGAUUUGACCUCAUUAGUAUGGUGCUUUGGGUGAGGGCCUCCUCCCUGGUUAUCCUACUUUCUUGUGAACAUCUAAAAAUCCUGGGAGUCUCUACUGUUAAGUUGUCUUUAAAGGAUAAACCGGGGACUACCUAUCUCAGUGGGUCUAUUUUUCUUUUAAAAUUAGCUAUCUGAAAAAAACUAACAGCAAUAGUUGUAGUCUUCUAAGAUAAAUCUGUUUUUUGAUACCCAUGUGUAAAAUAUUGAUCAACAUUCUCAAACUUCUAUACAACAAAUUGCCCUUGUCUCGAUUUUCCAACUCCAGUUUAUAAAGCUUACAAGUUUUCAGAGAGGAAUAUAAAAUUUUUUCUAAGGCAAAUGGAGUAUCAGGAACUACAACAUAAGUGAUUUUUGUUAUUUCUGGGUGAAUAGAUAUAAUUUACAACAUUUUAGGGAUGUUCCAGGUAGCCUGGAACUUCUCAGGCACUAUUGUCAUCUCACAUUAUAAUUAUAUACUCUUUGUCAUAGGAGAGAUGGUGCAAAUAUCUGAUUAUAGUGUCACCAGAUUUUUGUUAAAACCAAGGUAGUAAUUGAAAACUUAAUAUUGAUAAACUGCUUUUUUUUCUCAACAUAGAAUGAUACCGAGAUUUCGAAUAAAGACUACAGCAUCAACUUGGAUGCUUAGCUGGAAUCUGAAUUCUGAGGAAAACUCUGAAAAACUUACACAUUUUUAGGGAAUUUUUACUUUUUGAAUCAUAAUUUGAAAUGAUAUGUACCUUUUUCUGAUAAUUAUUAGAGCAAUUCAAAAAACAAUGUUCUGUCAUUUUGGUUGAAAGACAAUUGUAGGUACAAUUAGUAUACUUAUUUUAAUUUUCAAGUAAACAUCUACUUUUGCAUUAUACUUCUUGUAGAUAAUGGAACCUACUUAGUUCAGAAAUUGAGAUAAUGUAUGAGAAAAGUGUAAAUGCUGAGGAUUAUACAAAUGAUACUUGUUAUUUCAUGUUUAUUUGUAAGAUGACGUCCAUCCAUAAAUACAGACACUUCACACAAAAAUUCUUUCUCAAGAUAACUUGCAUUCUAGUAUUUUUGUCUAUUGUAAAAGUAUUAACUAUUUACUUAUAUUUUGUUAUUCACUUAUUUUUAAUAUUCAUGUGUUCAUUAUAGUAAAUUUGAAAUGAAAUUUGAUAAAACAGAAUUCGUUUAAAUAUAGGCCUCAUACCAAUAUUGUCUAAUUUUUCCUCUACAUAAUUUAAAGCUACAUAAAUUAAAUAGGCCAUUAAGAACUUAACUUGAAAACUAGGAAAUCAGAGUAACCAUUUUUAAAGUUACCCAAAUGAUAGUUUAAUUUCCUUUAAUUGUUUACCUUCCUUUACUGAUUUUUGAUAAAUAAUGAUAUUAGCAUUGAUAAACUAAAAAAGAAUUUUAGACUAUAAUUAGUAUAUCAAAAGAAAUAUAUCAACCAAAUUGGUGUCAAAUUAUAUUCUUACUGUCAUCACACAGUUGAUUUUCUUUUGAUAGGUAAUGCUCAUAUAAGCCUUCAGGUUAGUAUAUAUGUAUAUACAUGUAUAUAUGAGGGUUGAUAGUAUGGUCAUGUACACACAUAUAUACAAACACCCAGAAUUGUAUCAGUUUGUAACGGUCAGAAAAAAGCACAUAAAUUAAAAAAUAAUUGACCUUAUUAAAUUCAAUUCCAGAAGAUUAUUUAGGCAUUUCUAGAAUACCGUUUUACAUUUGAAAGUACAUGAUGAAUAUUAAUAUGAUGACAAAUACAGUUAGAAUCUAUAUAAUACAUAUGGUUUUACAAGGUCAGAAAACAUAUUGGAGGUAGAGAUGUAUUUGCUAAACCCACUUGGUGGGAAAGGGAAUUGAAGGUUAUGGUUUGUGGAUCAGCAGAAAAGUACAGUUUGUUUUUUUCAUGAAUUUGCAUUCUUUUCCAUGUGUUCCUAUAUGUGAGUGAACUAUUGAGUGGUCUAAUUCUUACCACUGAAGACCUUCCUUUUCUUCUCUACUCUUCUCACUGACUUUGCAGCACAGGUAUGAAAUCGUAGCCUAUUGGAUCUUCAGUAACCAUUUUUUUUCUAGAUGACUGAAAUAUAGAUAUUUACUACGUUUAAACAAGCUGUUAAGAAAAAUGAUGUAAAUACUCAGGGAGGGUAUUAACUUGUCAUUUUUGCCUAUUUGGGGGGUUUAAAAUGCCAUAACUAAGUAACCUUCGGUUCAUGAUUCUAGAAUAAAUUUUAUUUGGUAAAGGGGCUUCACACAUGGCGGUGGUUGAACAUUCAUUCUUUUACAUUUAGAAAGAUGAAAAUGUUUUGUGGACUGAUACAUUUUCUCUUAGCGAAUAUGAAUUGUUUAUGUAUCUCUACUGUCAAAUACCCUUUUUGAAACUCAGGAAAGACAAAGGUUCAGUUAUACUACUUUUGUCAAUAUGCAAACCAGGUAUGUUUUUUUCCUGUUGUCUGGAUAUGGCAAUAGAUUUUUUUUUUUUAAUUGCUGUGAGAAUCCAUACGUGAAAAGAGAGGGAUUGAUUUAUUUGUGUGUGCCUGCUAUGUCUUGAGAUUUAUAUGUGGAAAAGACAUCUACUCCAGACUAUUUUCAAAGAGGAGAGAUUGCUAUUUAUGUGGUGACAAGUGAUAAGAUAAUGUCUCCUAAAGGCUUCCUAUGGACUGCCAUUAUUUUAGUAAACUCAAGACACCAGUUAACCUCAACAUAAUUUUGGCCUUAUUAGAAUUUGUUGUGCAUUAUAUUGAAAGCCAAGUUUACAUCACCUCACCCCAUUAUUCUUUUUAGUUAAAUAAAUAAAUUCACCAUACCACAUAACCAGAAUGGGGCAAUUUGGUUGACCUUUAAGUCAAUAGGUUUGACUAGCUAGCUAUACUUAUCGUCAUAUCUAAUGCUAGGCACCAGAAACCACUUGAGCCAGGAGUGUGAAUUGAUAAUUCCAGAGAUGUUUUCAACAUAAUUCAAACAUUUUUAAAUGUUUUAUAUGAAUGUUUUACAUUUGUGUGAUUGCCUAGAUAUUAAAUUUACUUAGUACUAGAGAUAAUCAUAAGUAAUUUUUUUAAAAAACAGCAGCAGUCAUAACUUAUUUUGUGUAUUGUUCCAAAGAAAAGAAUUUGUUUUAAUGUUUUAAAAAUCACUGCAUCUGAAUUUGUGCCUUAAGUUCUCUAGUGCUAUUUCAACUUUUUUCCAAUCUAAAUAAAGCUUACCUUAGAUAAGUUUCA